AUGGCCUCCACGAAUGACGGCCUCUACCGGAGCAGUUGCUCCAUCUCGAGCUUAGCGGAUGCGCCACUCGCAAAGGCCAAGGCGCUGCCUGAGCAAAGCCUUGCGCUCACCCCGACGCCACCGCCGGCGAUUCCCGCUGCUGCGACGGUCACGGCGGCCACUCUGCCUAGCAUACCGCUGGAUCGAUACCUGGCAAAGCUGGAGGAGUGUGCUGAGCUGCACCGUCAGCUGGAGGAGCUGGCACACACGAAGGAGGCGGUCGAGCAGCGUCUCGCGAGUUGUCAAGCGGAAGCUGUGCAGCUGCGUCAGACUGUGCAUCGACUAGAGUGUGUGCUGCAGCUCCGCAACGAGGAACUCGUCCUGCUACAUGAUUACCGACGCCAGCGAGGUGGUGGGGGCGGGGAUGGAGCACCGGCCUCGAUGCGAGUGAUCCUGCCAGCAGCGGAGCCCGUUGCACAAGCGCUCGACAGGGCCCACGGCGGAGCAGACCGGCAAUUUACCCACGCUGCUGAAGGCGCUGCAGCGGCUGAUCAAGGGGUCAUACUCGAGUACAUCAGAACCUCCUGCUACGUUGGCUGCCCGACGCACCCGCAGCUUAUUCAGUCCUUUUUCGCCGCCUCCUCCGGCGAAGCGUUGGUCGCGACAGAGCCGCCGCUCACGUACGCGCAGGGCUCGGUGCUGCAUCGCCUGCUUACACAGACGCCCAUCACCUGGGGGGCUGCUGCCACCCCCGCCGUCGCUGAGCUCUCUGCAUUCCGGACGUGGGCCUGUGAGCAUCUGCGCACCUUUUCCGUUCGCUUCGAGGACGCGUACGCCGGCGUGUCGAUUCUCUCCGAUGCCCUGCUGCACUCCCUCCCCUCACUCGCCCAACUCGAGGUGUGGGGUGUGGGCAGCGACGCUGCCCUCACAAAGCUGACAGACGCGCUGGUGGGUGCCACGCAGGUGCGCGAGCUGUCGCUGCCGGAGCUGGUAGUUGACGACGAGGGCCUGCAAGCACUGUGGCGUCUGCUUCAAAUCCGCGGCUCGAUGCACGCCCCUUGCACCGCCGCGGUGCCGGCCGAGACUUCUUCCAUCGACUCGCUCGCACUGGAGCUGUGCACCCUCGACCUCAGCGCCUGCCACAUCAAGGACCCGCUCACAUUGGCUCAUCUCCACUGUCCCUCUGUCGCGGUGCUUCUGCUGCCCCCAACUGACUGCAUGACGGACAGCCUCCUUGCAAAGCUGCUGCAGCGCUGUCCUCGGCUGCACACGCUUGACCUCUCGGGCUGCGCGCGGCUGACCGACGCGUGUGUCGAGUUCUUCAACUCCGCAGCUCCGCAGCUCCGGGUCCUUGCGCUGGAGCACUGCCCGCACGUUCACCGCCUCCAGCUAGAUCACGUCGAGGUACUGCUCUCGUCCCUCGCGCACGUGCACGCGCUCAUGAGCCGCAGCCUGCGCGUGCUGCCACUGCCGGUGCAACAGCGCGCCGUCCUCGCCUCUCUCGUGGCGCCUCGCCUCUCGCAGAUCUCCUUGCACGGGCUGCCUGUGGAUGAGGAGGUGCUGCGGCGGCUCAACGGCCGCAGUGGUGAAGUGGACGGCUGCGGAGAAGGCGUGCGGCUCACCUCUGUCACCUUCUCGGAGUGCACGUUCGUCAGCGAUGAUGUUUUCGCAGGGUUCCUCCGGUCGCAGACGGAUCUACAGAAGCUCUCUCUCGUCCACUGCAAGGGUCUGAGCAACGCCUGCUGGAUGGCGAAGAGAGGCCUGCCCAUCUUCGCGGCCCUUCACACGCUCGAGCUGGUCAACCUGCGGACCCUCACCGAUGAAGCCCUCCGCGAGCUCACCCAGGCAUGUCCAACACUGCAGCAGCUCAAUCUCCACGGCGCGGGCUGGUCGCACCUGACAGACAUCAGCAUCCGCCAGCUAGACCAGCUAUCGGAGCUACGCGUGCUGAACCUGCUUGCCCUGAACCCGGAUCUCGUGACGGCGCCUGUAGUCACAGCACUUGUGCAACGCCUGCCGCAGUUGCAGCGGUUGUACCACGAGACCGCCAUCACCUUGGCGGGGCACAGUGAGUCGGUGGAAAGCGGCGACAAGGGCGCACUUCACCCCGUCAGUGCCGUGGAUAUCACCUCCGCAUCGGUGUCGUCGUCCGUGAUUGUCGAGAGGAAUGAUGCAGAGGCGCGCUGGCGGGCGGCGCUGCGCGACUACCCUCUUCGCAUGCUGCGGCUGCAGCACCACAGCGCUCUGGUCUUGUGGACAGAUCGGGUGCGCACGGCUGGGUCAUGCGCAAGCCGUGAGGAUGUCGCUCAAGCCACUAGCGAGUCUCUACUCACGGCGACAACGGUGAACGGGGGAGACGACGGGAGUGGCAUCCAAGUGGCAGAAGCGGCAGCUGUAGGGCCAUCGAAACUGUUCCCGGCAAUGGCCGCCCGCACCAUGGCAGCUGCCAUCGCGGCCUCGGCGGCGAGUACACUAACGCUGCCAUCACUGAAGGUCCCUGCACCACCCCACGAAGUGGCGCCUGGCGAAGUGCGCCUCGGUGUUGCAGAGGGAGUGCCGCACGCCUCGAGAUGUCUCGGUGCGUCUCCGCACCAUGAAGCAACAUUGCUGCCACCGAUGGGUCGCUCCACCCCAGAGGAGCCCGCGCACAUGGACGCAGACGAGUGUGACGAAGCGUCGCCGGUGCAUGAGCAGCACCAGCUCAACUCGCCAUUGUCAUACUCCUCAUCCGGCUCCUCGACAUACACCCAGCCUUCGACGCAAGAGGGCAGUCACGAAAGUGCAGGUCAUAUUUCGAAGCGGUCACUGGUGCAGUGCGCCAACGCCGCUGCAUCAGCAGCUUUCCAGUCGUACCAGCACCGCCCCGUGCGCAUGUCGCCGGGCUCCAGCCGUCCUUCUGCGACAACCGCCGCCCCUGCGCCACACGCGUGCUCUGUGGAAGACGUGGCCGAAGCGUUCAUGGGGCCUUGGGAGGAGUAG